CACCACUCCUCUUUACUCCAUUCUCCUCCCUUUGCUACCGACAAAAGAAUUCCCUCUUUGCAAUUUCUCUCUUCACCUCCACUCCUCUCCUUUCUUCAAUUUUACUCCACAAUUUCUUGGAUCAUUUGUCUUUGCCUAGCUCUAUAUAUAUGGAGCGAUUUUUUAAAAGAAAAUCAAACACUGCAGAAUCAUCACCAUCAAUCAAUCAACCAAUUCAACCAGCACCACCUAAGCAAGUGAUUGUUGAGGAAGUUGAGGUCAAUAUAGAAAACAUUCCUUCUAAUCCAGGACUGCGACUUAACAUAAUGAGCUAUCCACCUGAUAUUAGGAAUCAGAAUAUGCUUCGAGAAAAGCAAUUAGAGAAAGUGUUUGAAGGAAUUGCAAAAGGUGAAAUAAAAACUAGACAAGGUCUAAAUCAAGAAAUGGCAUUGAAGAGACCGGGAGAUACUCGUUGGAGUUCUCAUUAUGGUUCUGGAGAAACUGACCGAGAGCCCAGUAGACCACAGGCUGGGUGAGACCUCCUGCAGUUCUGCAUAGUGUUCAUGUCACCUCACCAUCUUCAGUGUAUUGGUAGGACACUAGGUCUCAUUUUGGUAUUUUGUAACUAACUUUUAUUUUCUUUUGUGUAAUUGAAACUUAUGUAAUGUAUUUUGAUGUUCAUGUAAAUAAUGGAAAUUGUGUUUGUGAAUGGAAAAGUGAAUAUUUAUUUAUGACUUUUA